AAAUCAAAAAAAAAAAAAACUAUUGAUAUGGUAUGUCAUGGUACUUAGGUUGUGUGGCGUGGUUAUUUAUUGUUUUAUUAAUCGCUGUUAAUAUCGUAUCGUAUUAUUUUAUCUAAUUGAUCUGUAAUUAUAAGAACACGAGGUCGUUGUCCGGGAUGGAGAAAAGCCCGAGCCCGGGCGGUGCCACGGCGCACUUGAAGCAGGAACCCGAGUGGGUUACUGACCACGUUGUUAAGGAGGAAGCAGUAUUCAUGGAUGAAGAGGAGUGUGUGAAGGUGGAGUGCGAGGACAGCACGGACGGGUGCGGCAUGAGCGAGGCAGCCAUGAUAGCCGGCCUGUACUCCAAGCACGAGGUCAAGAACGAGCUCGUGCUGGGGCCGGAGCGCCCGCACCGCCCAAUAUUCGGUGUGGUGAUGCAAGGCCAGGCGUUGGCUGCGACGGGUGAGGGGGCACAGCUCGAUCGGGACUCUGUGGGACUCGAGAGUCUCGCGAGCCACGCGGCGCGAGACUACAAGCCUAGAGGGACCACCGGCUGCUAUUCCAACACUCGAUCCCAAACAGACUCCGACAUUGAACAUAAAAUAUAUAUUAAACCUGAGAAAGAACUGACAUGUGAUCUCCGUGAAGAGAGUUUUGGUUUGAAAUCUGAUUUAAUAAAACAUGUCCCGGUCCACAUUCAUGUGCCUACAAGCGCGGAGAAGGGAGCAGGCAGACCUGAUGACGUCACAAGCAAUGGGCAAACUCCAAAGAAGAAACCGAGCGUCAGAACCAAAAAUUACCAAUGCGCCCACUGUAAAUAUACAACAGCUACAAAACUAUACUUUAUUAGGCAUUUGAGACAUAUGCAUACUAAUGAGAAGCCAUACAAAUGUGGCCAGUGCAGCUAUGCUAGCAGCCAAAAAAUUAAUUUGCAGGUUCAUGUAAGCAAACACACUGGUGAAAAGCCAUACAAAUGUAACCAAUGUAGUUAUGCUAGUGCCCGCAAAUAUUCUUUGAUACUUCAUGUAAGGAAACACACUGGUGAAAAGCCAUACAAAUGUGACCACUGUAGUUACACUUGUAUCCAAAGAAGUUCGUUGCAAAACCAUGUAAGGAAACACACUGGUGAAAAUUUGUACAAAUGUGACCAAUGUAGCUACACCUGCGCCCACAAAGGUACUUUCCUAAUUCAUAUGAGGAAACACGCUGGUAACGUUCACAAAUGUGACCAGUGUAGUUUUGCUAGUGCCAACAAAGGAACUUUUCAAAGUCAUAAAAUGACACACACUGGUAUAAAACCUUAUAAAUGUGACCAGUGUAGUUUUGCUAGUGGCCGUAAAAGUUCUUUGAAAGUUCAUGUAAGGACACAUACUGGUGAAAAGCCGUACAAGUGUGGCCAGUGCAGUUAUGCUACUGCCCGCAAAAGUUCGUUGACAGUCCAUGUAAAUAAACACACUGGGGAAAAGCCAUACAAAUGUGAUCAAUGCAGUUAUGCUUGUAAAAAUAAAAAUGGUCUACUAUUCCAUAUGAAAAAACACACUGGUGAAAUUCCUUACAAAUGUGGCAAGUGUAGUUACGCUAGCUGGCAAAAAAAUUGUUUGCAAGUGCAUGUAAGGAGACACACUAAUGAUAAGCCCUUCAAAUGUGAUCAGUGUAGUUAUGCUAGUGCCGACAAACGUGAAUUACUAACUCACAAACGAAAACACACAGGAGAAAAGCCUUACAAAUGUGGCCAGUGUAGUUAUGCUAGUAAUUAUAAAAGUGGCCUGCGAGCCCACAUGAAAAAACACGCUAGUGAAAUGCCUUACAAAUGCGGUCAGUGUAGUUAUGCUAGUUCGCAAAAGUUUUGUUUGCAAGUUCAUAUAACGAAACACAGUGGUGAAAAGCCGUUUAAGUGUGACCAUUGUAGUUAUGCUACUGCCCUAAAAUCUGCUUUACUUGCUCACCAACGAAAACACACAGGGGAAAAGCCUUACAAAUGUGGGCAGUGCAGUUAUGCUAGUUCCCAAAAAAAUCAUUUGCGAGUUCACGAAAGGAAACACACUGGUGAAAAGCCGUACAAUUGUGACCAGUGUAGUUAUGCUAGUAGCCGAAAAGAUACUUUAGAAGUUCAUGUAAGGACACACAUUGGUGAAAAGCCGUACAAGUGUGACCAGUGUAGUUAUGCUAGCCGCCGAAAAGAUACCUUGGAAAUUCAUAUAAGGCAACACACUGGUGAAAAGCCUUACAAGUGUGACCAGUGUAGUUUUGCUAGCAGCCGAAAAGAUCACUUGGGGGUUCAUGUAAGGAACCACGGAAAAAAAAGUGGCUAGUGCAUUUAUGCAAGUAAUCAUAAAAAUGACCUGCUAAUCCAUUUAAAACCGACUCACUUUUAAGUUCGCGUAUUAUGUCGGUGGCAAUGGAGAUACUCGACAAGAUGUUGGUGUGCUGAGGAUUAGCGAAUCGCGGUUAAGGACUGUUGCCGGCACUUAGUAAGGCACUGGUCCCACUGCCGACGAUGAGCGAGAAGCGAUUAAAACUAGAAACGAAUUGGCGAGCAGAGAACCGAGUGUAGUUCUGAUAGUUUUACCGCUCGGCUAUAGUUUAGUUUAUUUAUCUCUCAAUACAAUGUUCAUUACUAAUCAUAUGUGACAUAAUACGCGUGUUUAGCCUGAUGGUUGACUGGUAGAGAAUGCCUUUAGGCAUUAAGUUCGCCAUUUGUACUUUAUUUGUUAUAUUGUGCUAUAAAGUUUAAAAUAAAUAAAUAAAUAAAUUAUCUAUUAAAAGGGACCUUAUUGUCGAUGGCGCUUACGCUGCACUGCGUAGCGCGGCGUUGUUUAUAAUAUGGGAGCAUCGUUGAUAAUGACGUAAGCGCCACCGACAAUAAGGUCCCUUUUCAUAGAUAAUGUCACAUAUAGUGAUCGUCGGAUACAAUGUGAAAUUUAAUAUUAUUACAAUACAAUAUAAUGUUAUAGAUGUAGUUAUAUACAAUGGUCAAUGGUGGUAUCUAUCAUACAAUAUUUGCCAUGUCAAAAAUAAUUAAUAGGAAUAAAUGGUUCUAUUUUCCUUUAAAAUUAAUUUGUAGUUUUACAUGAUUGUAAAAUGUAUAAUUUUUGGUGCAAUAAAGAAUAUUUUUACUUACUUACUAAUAAAAAAAACAAUUGUACCAUGGUACCACAGAUUACCUAUCAAUGAAUAAGUUUGAUAUUCAAACAAUGUCAGGUAGGAAAUAAAAUAAAGAAUGUCAACUGAAAACAAAAAUCUUAAUACAUUAGAAAUUACAAUCUACACGUAGUUGGUCAGAGUCAGUCUAUUUUGAAAGAUAUUCCUUAACUGAGUAUAUAAAGCGAGUGAUUGAAAGCGACGGGCGAUUACUCGCAACGCUAGUUGGUCUCAACGUAGGUUCCGACCGCCAAGUAACUCGCUUGGCUAUUAACGCUGAACGAGUUUUAUCGUUGUUAGCUUUUAUCUGCGAGUAAAGAGAGUGGCAGUGUGAACAGCCACCGAUCAACUAUAAAUAUAUCUCUCUCUGUUACCGACACGGGAUCUCUAUAUUUUUUCUUGAGCUUCAAAAAAGUCGGUGAAACUGGUGCGUAGGGAUGUAAUUUCCGGCAUAUUCCCAGACCGUAGGGAGCCUGGUCGCGCGAUGAUGGCGUAGGCUUUUAUAGAUCAAAUCAUGCACGACGACUCGGUCCUUGACGCGUAUCGUCACCUUAUUAAAGGUUAGAUUUUGAAAAUCUGCGCCAUCUUGGAUCGCACCUGUACCGAUGCAAACGCGCCUUUACAGCGCGUGUUGUCUUGACUGCCGGGGUUUCCUAGAUGUCGCGAUGCAGACGCACGUCGGCAUCGAUACACACGCGCGUUGACGGCCCGUUUGCAUCGUGUCUGUAUCGCGAUACAAACGUGCGUCGAUGGCGCGUUAGCACCGCGUCUGUAUCGAUAUAAACGCACGUCGACAGCGCGCUUAAAAGUCGCGGUGCUGACUUGCGUGCUAAUCGCGUGUACGUCGAUACAAACGCGCGUCGAUGGCGCGUUUAAAAGUCGCGGUGUGCAAGGGCCCUAAUACUUAUUAAAAUAUAUUAUAUUCCUAAUAAAAUGUAUACAUAUUUUUAAUCCACACAGAUAUUUAGAUAAAAAAACCACUAUUCAGAACCUUGUUCAAUUA